GAUCCCCACUUUGGGACUACACUAUUCUCUGUGGAGAAGUCCUGUGUCAGUGAUUACAACUUUCCCAAUUUGACCAUGAAGAUCAGUGGAAGCUUCCUACUGCUGUUUGCCCUGGCCCCUCUCUGCCUAUCCGCCGUAGUUCCUGUUCAGGAUUUAGGGAAGGAGGACUGCAACAUUUAUAAGAAGUUCCCAGUGUCAGCUAUUCCCUGCCCUGUUACAUAUUUUCCCGUGUGUGGUUCUGACUACAUGACUUAUGGCAAUGGAUGUCAUCUAUGCAUAGAGAACUUGAAAACAAAUGGAAAAGUGACUUAUCUUCAUGAUGGAAUUUGCUAACUCCCCCCUGAACCAGACUGUAGAAAACUGGUACUCCCUAUCAUCUUUGUCACCAUCUGAACCACUCUGGUCCCUUGAUGAAGCCUUUAUGUAUGUGGGUAGGCUAACAAAUGUUCCAAUCUAAUUUCCACUGUCAGGGAACAUAUGUGGUAUCCCUCUGGCCUUCCCGUGUCUGUAAAAUACAAUGUCUUCAGUUUUCCUUCUUAAUAAAAAUAGUAUUACUGUUA